AUGAGCGCUUCCCAGGCCGACACAGAACCGAUCUAUCAUGAGCACUACAAGGGCUUGCUGGUUGGGUCCUACACGGACGAGAAGCUGCGACAUGCCUCUGCCAAACAUCUGCACAUGACAAGUCGACGCUCCUUCAUCGGGCCGAUCCCUGCUGGAUGGCUUCAGGGCCACCGAAAAUCCUGGUACCGGUCACGACUUCGCAUGAAGAACUAUACAUCGCAGACUCUUUCGUUCAAGGUGGAUCCUGUCACAUUUCACUAUAGUCAACAAGAUAGCGAUCAGCUCCAGCCAUCAUCGCAGCCAAUAGCGGAGGAUCUUGCUCUUACGUUUACCAUUACCAACGAGGGGACAUCGGGAGAGGAGGAAGAUAUAACGACCGAACAAGAAGAAUCUGAAGGGCCUCAGGGGGAACUUCGUACACUUUCUCAUCCUACGACUGAAUUUGAGGCGAUAAACCAAACGGAGACGGAAGAAGAAUCAGAGGCGACAAACCAAACAGAGACGGAGGAAGAAUCAGGUUCAGAAACAGAAACGGAGAGGAAUCACAAUCAAGAUGAAUCAGAGGACGAAGAUGAUGAAAGCACGCCGCGUCAGAGUGUCCGGGCAAGUGCGAUGGCACAAGAAAGUGUGUACAACGACGGGACCGCAUCGUCCUCAUUCGUGACAGCCAGGGAGGAAGUAAGCAGUAGUGCUGACUCAGGCUCCGAAACAUCUACCAUACAUGGUAGCCCACGCUUGGCUUUUACCGAUCAGAGGCCUCAAUCGCAAAGGUCUCAGGAUAUGAGUGUUGGAAGGCCUAGCGAUGGCAAUGGUAGUCCACUGACAUCCGCUACUUCUGGGGUUCCUAGUGAAGCCGACUCUACCACAAACCUGCUAAAGGGAAAGCAGAAAGCCCAAAGCAUACCGGAAAGCAAGGCCCAAAGUAUGCAGGAAAGCAAAGUGUCCGGCAUAUUCAAAUCGAGGCUAGAACACCAAGAACCCCAAGAUGAGUUCGACGCCGAUCAAAAUAGCCCAGGGCCAGAGGGACAGAUUCAGGGACGCAUUACGCGGAAGAUGGCGAAAUACAACUUGGAUGACAAUAUCCUGAAUAAACAGCAAAGACUUCGUAACAAGAUAGCCAGGACAGGGAACACCAUAUCUGCGAAUCGGCCACAUCGACGAAAGUUGCAAGAUGGAGAGAUCAUCAAGGCCGAGAGAAUGUUGGUCCUGGUGGAAGAGUCGAUCAAAGAUAAGCUUCCUGAAGACUACUCUGAAAACCACAGCCUACGAAUGGAAAAUCGUACCGCAGAUAAGUGGCGAGAGUUUCUUGUUGUAUGCCGCAAGAGCUCAGCCGAGCAUGCUCCAUUUGUCCUUCAAAUGUAUCGCACUCGAGUGAUCCCUGAUGUGCAAAACCACAAUGUCAAGACGCGGCCUUACUAUGAGGUCCGUCUAAAUCGCAAGAACACUCGAGUCAACCUUUACUCCGCACUCGAUAAAACCAUCGUCAUCUGGCAUCCCUGCAAGCGUGGCACGAAAAUAUACAUCAUUCGACCCAAGUCUUCUGCCCAUGCUGCCGAAUGGUACACAUUUAUUCGGCAGGUACUUGGGUGGCAACGACCUAACAAACUACCAAUCAACGUUCCUGACCUUGGUGUGUCUUUGAUCUUCAAGAACCCAUUCCAGCAGCUGGAGGCUCGGCUGGGUUUAAGUCACGAUGACAACAAACACGCUACAGUGGUCAGCCGAUCUGCGAAAGAGGAGAAAUUCGCCGCUGCUGCAAUUAUUCGGGGCUGUAUAGAAAUGCUCGAAGGUCGUCCCGAGUGGGCCGAGGUACUCAAGAGUUGGUCCAAGACCGAGAAGAUGGGCCUUGCCUGGAAGCGAUAUGAUCGUCUGGAGUGGGUGUAUGGUGUAAACGAGGAAAAUAUGUAUGGAUCAAUUGCCAUGCAGUCAUCCCAUGAGCUCGAACUUCGACCACGCCAUCACUAUUCAACAGCCGUCAAGAAGCUGACAGAUAAAAAAGAAGAUGAGCCACCGCCAAUUGAGGGAUUUUUGAUCCGUCUCACAUCGCAAAAAGGCGUACAUCAGAAACUGAACAAGAUGUUCUACAAACGUCUCUACUUUUUCACCGAGGACCAGCAUCUCUUGUUCUGUAAACCUGCCAAAGCUCUUCCUCCGGCGCCACCAAAACUUGCACCGUCAGGAGAUUCGAGCAUACCGUCUGCUCAAGAAAUUUUAAGCCAAACACCACUGUUUUGGGAUGUCGAUCCUUACCCAAUCCAGGGUGGUGAAGUUGAGUGGCUGUCCAGUGGAAACCCAGAAUUUGUUCAACGGCACGACGAGGAAGCCUACGCACAGUGGCAGAGGAACGUACACAACAUGAGCCACGCUGAUGGAUACAUUGACUUAUGCAAAGUGCGUGAAGUUCGCCGCAUGCAAUGGGGGAGCACUCCUGCCGAUGCCAACCUUGAACCAGGACCAGAUGUCGACUUCCAACCAGAAGGGAGCAAUUUACGACAGGACGAUGGCACUACCAAGCAAUUUGAUGAUGAGCGAACAUUUGAGAUGACGCUCGAAAAUGGGUUGGUAAUUCGCCUACAAGCAUAUGACUCUGCCACUCGCGACGAAUGGGUUAAAAGACUAGAUGCAUUGGUCAAAUAUUGGAGAGCACGCCAUGCUGAUGAUGCCGCUGAAUUGAUCGCUGUGCGUCGGCGCAAUCUCAAGCUUUUGGAGAUCGACGAGGAGAUGGAGUCAAUCAUAGGUCAAUUUGCCCAAAAGUGGGAGGUGAAAAAGGCCGAGGCAUCGCCACAUCUGCAUAAUAUGUGUGCACUGUCAGGUUGCCGGACAAUCAAGGUAUGUUGUGUGUUUGGCGGGUUCUUGAUCAAUACUGACCAUGGGGAAAUCCAGAUGUCCGGUCAGCUCUACCGCAAACCUCGUCGCCACAAGACCUUCACCCGCUGCCACGUCUUGCUCUCCGAUGGCAAGCUCCUCAUUUUCCGAAGCAACCUACGCAAGUACAACGGUGUCCAAAUCCCACAUAUCCACCAGGAACAUGAAACAACCAUCGACCUGCGAGACUGCUAUAUCUACUCGGGGCUGAUCGCCGAGAACGACCUGCUGUACGCCAACCAGACGUUCGAUAGUAAUAACCCAGGUCUCCGUGCCCUACCGCGGGUCUAUCCCGCCUCUGAUUCUUUCACCAGCCGAGACGGAGACUCUGCCAUCACAUUUGUGAUUUGGCAACCUACCCAGAAGAAUCUUUUCCGUGCCCAGGAACACACUACCCAAGGUACUGCCAAGCGAUCUUUACGGCACGUCUCGACACUUGGCAAACACGGCCGAACGAUUGUAUUCAAGGCUCGCAGUCGUGUUGAAAAGGAUCGGUGGGUGAUGAGUAUCUCCUCCGAGAUCGAUCGACUGCAAGAGGAGAAGCCCGAAGACAUACGCAUCGUGUCUCAGUAA